UUUGAUUUUUCUCUAUUCAUUCAAAUCAACAUUUUUCUAUGGUGGACUUGACUUGAACUUUAAGCUUUAUCUUCUUAGUAUUCGAAUAAGCAUAGAACUCAACCCACGAAUAUCAAGGAAAAAUAUGUGACUGAUCGUCAGGCGUGAAUAUUGAGUGUCCUGACGUAGUGUAUACUGACUCCACUGAGCUCAUAUCCUCUGAUCAAAGUCCGGAUUUUGAGGCCAUUCGACUAUAGUCUUGUUCUUUUUUUUCACGCGUUUACGAUAUCAUUCCGGAAAUGAGCUGUAUUAUGUUUGGUACUUCACAUGUCUCAAAACACUAGACAUGUUUGGUCAACCCAUGUGGAAAUGUAUAAAAUCAACAAUUUAGACCAUCUUGAAAAUAAAUCAGUAUUCAUAAAAGACAGAUUGUCGAAAAUAUCUUAACGGGACUGAAUUCAAGACUGACCGUAGUCAGCUACAAAGGAAGGUCGAAGUUCAAGUUUUAUUUACAGUCGCAACUCGCAAUAGGCGAUGUGAUUUGCAUCACCGAUUAUUAUUAGAAUGAAUAAAUGAACAGGUAGGCCUAUUCACUGCACAUGACUGUGCUGUAGGCCAAAACAUCUUACACACUUAUCUCUAUACUGCCAAUUAAUUUCGACUGAUGCAUGCAUUUCCGGCAAUUUUCUACUUGAAUCAUGGCCAUCAUCUUGACUGUUCUUGGGUACGUUGCCCUUCUCAUCCUGGGCAUAAUUGGAGUUGCACUAGCUCUGUUGUCGGUCGCCAUUCUCCGGACUGAAUACAACCUGAGAGAUGUGCCAACUGCAAAAAACAAGAGUUUCUUUCUGGGAGAUAUCAAAUAUCUAGGAAACUUUAAGGAAAAGGUUGAUGUACCUCUGGCAAACGUCCUAUUUUUGAUGGCAAAGGAGCUUGGACCAGUCUAUUACUUAAGGAUCUUUUGGAAAUCACAUUUCAUCGCGUCAGCACCCGAAAUUGUAAAGGAACUGCUCCUGAACAGCAAACAUACCAAACCUCAAGAAAUUUAUCGUGGCUUCCAGAAGUUGUAUGGUCAACGAUUCAUGGGCCAUGGACUGGUGUCAGAGGUCGAUCACGAGAAGUGGUUUCACAGGAGGGCUAUCAUGAAUCCCGCCUUCAGACGAAAGUAUCUUAUGAGUCUUGUGGAUGAAUUCAACGCAGGAUCAGAGGCUCUUUGUCAGCAGCUCAAGGAGAAGGCUGAUGGUAAAACAGAAGUACUCAUGCUAGACGAACUCAACAAGGUGACCUUAGAUGUCAUUGCAAAGAUUGCAUUCAGCAUGGAUACCAAUGCUGUUGGAGAUCCAAGUUGUCCCUUCCCAUCUGCUAUUACAACUGCACUUCGGGGCAUGCAGAGGUUUCAUGAUAAACCCUGGUCUACAAUCGAUCCAUGGUCUAGUUCCAUGCGACGCGGCACUCGCGAAGCCAUUAGCCUCGUCAGGGAAACCGGACGGGAACAGAUCCAGGAACGCAUUCAAGCUCGUAAAAGAGGAGACCAUGUUCCCAACGAUCUCCUGAACCUCAUCCUUGAUAUAGCCAAAGACCUGGAGGGAGACAACGACUUCCAAAUGGAGAAUAUGCUGGAUGAAUUCGUAACUCUGUUUAUAGCAGGUCAAGAAACAACAAGCAACCUCUUGGCUUUCACAUUUGUACAACUUGGACGUUACCCUGAAGUUGCUAAAAGGUUACAAGCCGAGGUUGAUGAGGUGCUCGGACAAAAACAUACAAUCCAAUACGAGGAUUUGGCUAAACUUGAAUACAUGAUGAGGGUUCUGAAGGAAACCCUUAGGUUGUAUACACCUGUUGGAGGUACUACUCGCAUUACCGCUCAUCCAAUUACAUACAAAGGCAUCACGAUACCAGCUAAGGCCAAUGUUACCGUUAUGUCUGUCCUGAUGUCGAGAAUGGAGGAAUAUUUUGAUGACCCUCUUCUCUUUAAUCCUGAUCGAUUCAAACCCUCAGAAGACGGAUCGCUACCUCGACAUCUCUAUGCUUACUUUCCAUUUUCUAUGGGACAACGAUCGUGUAUUGGUCAACAGUUUGCUCUGAUCGAAUCCCGUAUCAUCUUGGCUAAGCUCCUCCAACGAUUUACAUUCCGCCUUGACCAGUCACAAAGCUUUGGCAUCUUGGACGAACUAACAGCCAAACCCAUGGGAAGAUGCAGGAAUUACAUCACACUAAGGGUCUAGAUUCACAGUAGAUACACCAUUUUCAACUAUUUGUAGCCCUACUCCCAACAUAAGGAGCAUUAAAAACAUUUGCAAUCAAUUGCAAAUUUCUGUUUCCAAUUUAGAACUGAAAUAUCAAUAUAAGC